UGAGGAUGAAGAUGGGAAAGGGUACUGCGGGUUUUUAUAAUCGACGGUGGAGAUUUGAGGAUCUGCCACGUGUCCAGCUGCCCGACGCGUGUAGGGUACACGUGUCACGUGGUAUGGGAGAAAACGUGAUUUUGGCUUUUUCUUAAGUUUGGCCAUGGAGGGGUAAUUUCGUCAUUUCACAUUGAUACGGUCUCUUCGUCUUCAAUUUUUAGUUCGAAUAUUUGCACACAAUUAUUAGGAUUAUUAGGGUUUUAUCGUUCGUAGAAUACAUAUCAGUUCUGAUUUUUAUGGGGAAUCUUCGCUCAAUCGGCGUAUAAUCUUCGUGUAAUCGGCGUAUGGACGGUAGAGAGGAUUCUCAGUUUUUUCGGAAUCAUUCGAACUCGAGAUUCGGUAAGCGACAGUUUUGUUUUGGUCACUCUGAUUUUGAUUCCGUGAAUCCGAGAAUGCUUCAUCAUCACCAUUCGAAACCUUCGAUUCCUUAUAAGUCGGAAUUGUGUCUGCGGUUCCUAAGAGGGAAGUGUUUCCAUGGUGAGAGUUGUCGUUUUGCACACAGCACGGCUGAAAUUCGGAAGCCAGAGUUGAAUCCUGUUGAUGUGAAAAUGAAAGAGUGCUACUGGUUUUCGAGUGGAUUAGAUUGCCCCUACGGUCAAACCUGCCAAUUUCUUCAUAAAUGUGAUCGUAGAAUUACUGGGGGAAAUCAUAGGAAUGAGAAGGAUCAGGUUGAAUGCUCAGGUAGCUUGAGCGGCGGUGGAAAUGCUGAUAAGACAGUUUCGGGGAAGACGAAGGUCUGCAGCAAGUGGGAGAGGUUUGGUAGCUGUGUUUAUGGCGGGAAAUGCAUUUUUCUCCAUGGGAAAGCAGGACAUAAGGAUUUGGGAUGCUCCUCUGCAUCGAAGAAGCUGCUCCGUUUGAAACCGAAAAAGAUUUUUUUGAAUUGGGACACGGAGAAGAUCUCCGAAGUCUACGCCGAUUGGGUAUGGAAUCGACAUGCAAAUGAUCCUCGGCGCUCCUCCGAUUCGCCAAGUAGGGGCACCAGCAAAACGCCCUUUCGCAAAGCAGUAGGGGCACCGGAAACGUCUUUUUUAGGUUACUUCGGAAGGUCCUGGAUUCAGAGUCCCGGUAAAUCUCCGCCGUCUAUUAUAUACGUCCAAAAUCCUCCAUCCGUAAGGUCCAGACAGUCGACCGAAAGAACCAAUGCUUUCCACAAAAUAAAUAAUUAAAUAAAUAAAAAGGUAACAGAACCAUUUUUGUUGCCAUUCCAUUCGAUUCCUUUCCAAAAUAAAUAAUCAUCUUAAUUUAAGUUUC